AUGUGUACUGGUGCUCAAAUUUCAUCAAAAGAUAUUAUAUCAAAAAUCCAGAAGUCCGACACGGUACUUAUUAAUACGGGAAAUAUUCAGCGUCAUUCAGAAUUGUUUCGUCGAAUGUUCAAAAAUUCCGCAGAAGAACUUGUUGCUGCCGUGGAAUUUGAACUUGAAGGACCGAAUGGACCAGAUUUAGCACUUGGAGAAGAUGGUACUGUACAACUUACUCGUGAUUCACAAAAAUGUCAUCUAAAUACAAUUGAAAGAAAUGAUAUGAAGACUACUUUGAAGGUUUUUAUGUCAUCUUUAGAUAUACAGCAAGUGGAAGAAAGCGUUAAUGCAGCUUUACAAGCUAUCAACAUCAAGUCACUUUCUCAGUUGAUUAUUGCUUUUCCACCCGAAGAUAAAUUUGUUAUGACUUCAUGUACGCCUGAUAGUGUGCAACAGUGGCUGCGGAAAAUAUCUCCAUUUUGGAAAUCAUUGGGGAAUUUGGUAAAAAGUCAGAAAGUAAACAGUUUAGGUGUAGCAGAUCUUGACUAUGAGCAGUUGAAGGCACUUUAUGAAUCCACGGAUGAGUAUCGACCUAUGAUCGAUCAUUACAAUACUGAACAUUGUUGUACGGUUCCCCCAGAAUUGCGUGAAUAUGCCAGACAAAAGGAUAUUCAGUUGUUAACUCACAACGAUCCAAAUUUGUGCACUAUUGAUGACAAAUUAGGCAUUGCAAGCAGGAAACUAUUUGGAAGUGAAAAAUUCAGUCUUGAAUUAACUGCUCGACUUACUGUUUGGUUACGAAGUCGUUCGAUUAUUGUUGGAAAGAUUUAUAUGCUUAAAUUUCGCAAAAACAAAUAUUAG